CUUUAAGGGUGGUGUCAGGGGCAGUCAGAGCAGGAGGAGGAGGAGGAGGAGUGUGGCAGUCUCCGCUCACUUCUCCACAGCGAGGGGACUCCGAGAAUAAACAAUUCCCACAGACUGCACGCUCCACACCGCAGUUCGCGCACAGUCGCAGUUUGAAUUGGUAUCGCUUUUUUUGUCAGGAGCAAAAUUUUUUACCUUCCUUUUUUUUUUUUUUUCUUUUUUUUGUCAAGCCCUCUUCGCCAUUUCUGCCUGCUGCCAAAAGUGUCGCGGCCGCUUUCAUUGGAUUUGCCUCCCCUCCUGUCGAAUAAUAACGAUGCGCCUCUCCGGCUGACUGUUGGGUGGACUAGCAGGUCACCCUGCAACACACUGUGAGAUCUACAAAGCAUAAAGGCACCACUGACAGAGCAACAGCCAGGCUGAAGGACAGACACACUGGAUAUCAACAACGAUGGAUUAUGCCAACAUCUCUGUGAUAAAGUCCCACUGACUUCGCCACUGCCACCCAUGUGAGCGUGAAGGUGGGCCUUCUGGGAUCCUGUAGCAGUUACAGGCAUACAACAAUGCCUUGGAGGCUUGCCUGCACCAGAUUCCCUCCAGCCAUGGUGGCUGUUUCAUCACACUAAGCCAACCACAGAGAGGGAUCACAUACAGCCAGUGCACCCUUAAUUAAACCUUUAUACUCACUUUUUGCAAAUCACAACCUCUUUUUGGUUUCUAAUAAGUGCGUGCAACUGCCAGCCAGAUGACUUGGACAGCUAUCAUUUACCAAUAGCAUUGCUGAGCUAUAAGAAGGGAUCCGAGUAUUGAACAUGACUCAUGGGGAGGAGCCUGGCCCUGAGACACACAAGGAUUCAGCUGUUUUAACUUAUCUGGAAGGUUUACUGAUGCAUCCAGUGGUGGCCGGGCCUGGGGCCACGGCAGGCGGGAGAUCCGAGGCUUCCAACAGCAAUCAGGAGCAGGACAAUAAGGUGGGUGGGCCUUUACCACAACCAAACCAUGACCCAAUGGUACCCAAGGCUGGAACCAAUGGGCCCAAGCUAGGUUCUUCACAACACCUAAGGAAGGCCCGGUUGCUGCGCUCUGGAGCAUGGAAUGAUCCAGGGAACCAGAGAAUGAGUUCACCUCCAGUGGAAGUGAAUGGCCAAGUGGGAACCUUGCAAAAUGGUGCCCUGGAGGGAUCUCCCCAUGCUGGAGAGAGUACCCUGUUGGCGUCUUUGCUUCAGUCAUUCAGCUCAAGGCUUCAGAGUGUAGCAAUGUCUCAGCACUCUAAUAAACCCACUGGUGAGUGUUCUUCUCCAUCCAAGGCACCAGCUACAGAUAAAGAGCCACUACCUGUUUACGGCACAGCCUCGGGUCGCCUUAAAGGCCUCAUGAGGAAGAGCAAACUUCAGAACCACAACAACACCCCUUACAGCCGCCGAGGCCACAAUCAGGACAGGCCACCAGAGUCCCCCAGGUCGGCACACAGCGCCACACCUCCUGCAGCUCCCACAGCGACCGACUCUGUGUCCUGUGCAGAACGUUUGAAGGCCGUGGCCAACAUGGUUAAAAUCCGUUCUAGUCCUGCACCCUCACCCAAGCCCAGCGUAGCUUGCAGUCAACUCGCCCUCCUGCUGUCCAGUGAAGCCCAUCUCCAGCAAUACUCCAGAGAGCAUGCUCUCAAAGCUCAGCUCUCAGGAAGAUCUGCUAGUGAAAGACUGGCCGCCAUGGCAAACCAGCAACAUGGACAGGACAGAAGGCCACCAAGUGUGGGGGGGUCUUCAGACACAGUAAGCUCCUUAUCGACUCAAAAUGGAAUGACAACAGCCACAAUAACAACGACACUCCCUCGAACGGCUGCGACCAAUCCUCAGAGCCCCUCACUGCUGAGAGGCCACAGCCAAAACUCUCCACCCACUCCCCCACACGCUCCAAGCCUGCCUACCAGGGAGAAGCGAGGCUUUGACACACGUCCAACCCGCCCACCCCAAACAUGCAGCAGCUUGCUACUGCUGCUGCUGAACAACCACAACAACCAGAAGCAACUGACCAAGAAUGGGCACCUAGAGGAUGUCAGUGGACUUCUGCCACCAAGUGGAUCCUCUUCAGUUACAUCAGACAGUGAGUGCUCUGUCCAUGAGAGGAGCAACACCAAGGACAGCAGUGAUGCUGAGAGCUCCUACUCCAGUUGCUCUCCCAUUGACCUCUCAAUGAGAGGCCGCAGCAGUUUACAGGACACAGGGCCCAAAAGUACACCCCCUUCCUCCUCCUCCAGCUCCAUGUUCUCUUCUACAACUGUGUUCUCCUCACCCCCAGUAACAAUAUCUCCUCAAGCUCCUACCCAGCCUCCCACUACAUCCUUUUCUCCUUCCUCUAUGGCUGUUUCUUCUGUUUCAUAUCCAAUUUCAUCAUCUUCCUCCUCCUUUUCUACUUCUUCCUUGGACAAAUUGACUGAAUCCUUACUAAACAAAUGGAAGCCAGAGCCAUCUAGAUCAACUGUGUCCAGGAACAAAGAGCCUGAAAUGAACCCAGACUUAAAAUCCCACCCCAAGGUCACUCUCAUGCAACUUCUUCUUGAGCGCAGAAAUAAUGAGAUGGCUAAUAAGAGCACAGGUAGACAAGAUUCACCCCUUGAUAUAACUAUGGCCAACAUGUCACGAAAUCAACAAAAGGGGUCAGUUACUUGGGAAGAGAGUCCAACAAAGAGCCCAAUCGAGAGGCCUCCAGGCCCGUCCCAGUCCGUCUACUCACUUAGUCGUGACACAGGUCCUGCAUUGUCCCCAUAUUCAUACCCCUCUCCCCAUGUCCAGUCCAGUCCACUUGAUUUGUGUAAAUCUAAGACCUUCCCUGCUGACAAAGCAUCAGAGCCUGCCUUUAGUGCCAGUAAACUGUUACAAAAUCUGGCGCAGUGUGGCACGACUUCCCCACCCCCACCUAUCUCCUCUGGAAAAGGGGCGAGCCAGGAACUCAAUGACAGCAGGCCCCAUGCUCUGUUGGAAAGACUCAAUACUCCUGUCAACAGGACCACCCCUACCCCGCUGUCUGAUGGAGCUUCAGGCAGUAGCACACCUUUCAGUCGUAAGGAACCUUCCCCGCCUUCCUCACAAAUUGAGAACCUUCUGGAGAGACGUACUGUGCUGCAGCUACUCCUAGGCACCGGUUCAACUGGUGCUACAGCCGGCCGCAAAGAAAGACCCAGUGGAAGUGGCCAAGGGAGUGCUGAAAUGGAGGGUGGCUGCUUUGAGAGGAGCCCUACUGCCUCCAUCCUCUGUGACAGCUCUAAUGGGUCCCCUUUGGAUGUAAAAAUAAAAUCAGAGCUUCCAGAGGAUGUAGGGUCAUCCCUUACUAAGUCGGAGGACUUGAGCGGCAAAAAGAGACUGAGUUCCUACGGGAAGAUUAGCCCGCUCUCCGAUUCUCAACAAGACCUAAAGACUGAACCAAGGCCAGCAGAGGUCAUAGCGAAAUAUGGCCUCCUCAGCCAGCUGCUUAAACAACAGACCGCUACCUAUUACUCCAGUGCUGCAACAAUGCAGCCUGAGCCACAAUCCAGACAAGUCAAAGAAGAGCAUAGGGACUAUCCAAACCCCAGUCCUAAAAGGAGACGGCUCUGCUCCGAACACACAGGCAGCUUGAACAGUAUCAGCUCUCCAAGAGCAGUGGACAGUGGUAACGCAAACAUGUCUGCCUCAUCUACUGUUCAGGCAGACCCUGAGCAGCAGAGGAGUCUAAAAGAGGAGGAGCUUCCACCAAGAAGCCCUAUGAGUGAAACGCUUACCAGAGAGAGUCGUGGAUUCAACGUGUUGAAACAGCUGCUGCUCUCUGACAACUGUCUGAAGGAACUGUCGCAGCAGCCGCGACAGGGACCCAGUCCCUCUAUUCUGCAGACCACUGGCAAAGCCAAUGGUAACAUUCUCAGUCAGCCUACACAAAAUCAUAACUUCCUCCACCUGCCUAGCUGGCACACCCAUGGUUCCCUCAACUCAGGGCUUCCAAAUCAUCUAAGACCACUGCCCACCCCUCCUGAAGGCAACAACCCCAUCCGCCCAGCCCCAUGGAUCCGCCAACCGGUUCUGUGGCCCGCCACGCAAAAACGAGAGCCCCCUACUUUAAUCAAACAGGAGCCUGAGAGCCCCAUUCGGUGGAGCAGUCAGGAAAACGAUGGCAUGGACGAGGGUUGUGAGUCGAACCCGGACUCCCCGCGGCUUUCACGUUCCAACCCAAUCCUGUACUACAUGUUGCAGAAGGGCAACAUCCAGCUGAGGAAAGAGGUGCCGGACCAGGCAGAAGGAGCCCGGCCCGUCAUCAGAGUCAAAGAGGAGCCAGUCAGUGACAUGCACACCUAUGAACGCAGCCUGAGCUCCACCCCUCAAUCACCAACCCACAAUGACAAGCACAGCCAUGAGGGCCAGGGGUUGAGCCAGUCGUCCCAGUAAACAGUUGUAUCAACUACAAAAAACAGACAAAGUGGAAUCAAGUCCAUUGACUCCUUCUUGUUUUCAUUUUUUGUGUACCUUGCCAAAUUGGUUUGAUGAAAAAAAAUGACUUUUUCACUUUUCUUUGUUUUUGAUUUUAUUUGAAAAAAAAAACAUGUAUUGCUGUCUCAAUUUUAAAUAGCUUCAAUGUGGAAUGGUUAAAAAAAAAAAAAAAAAAGUGGUCCGUCUUAGCCUAACUGAUCCAAAAACGUCUUUGUUUUUUUUUUUUUGUUUUUUUUUUUUUUUGCCCCUACUCAUCCACCAUUAUUUUUGCACUACAUUAAUUAAUAUAAAGUCCCCAUUUAUUAUAUUUUGUGUUACACAUUUAAUUUAUCACUAAAGUGUACACAUAGCAGUUUUUCCUGCGUUCUGGAUGUUGCCUCGUAUCAAACAUUUAGAGAACAUUUCAGGCAACAUUUAUAAUUGAUGAUUUCAAACAAAAAAAAAAAAACCGUUAGUGCUCAGCUCAGUGAAUUGUUCUUAUUUUCUCUAUCAGAACAUCUGUCAGAAAUAUAAAGUCCUAUUAAUUUCCGAUAGGAUUUCAGAUAAAGCCAUUCCCAGACAGUUACAGUGGGCUAAUUAAAACAAUGCACAGAAUAGAUUCACACUGCAGUACCCUCCGUUCCAGGUUGUGCCACUAUGAAUGCUUUUGUCUGGCUUUUCCUCAGAAUUCAGGGCUGUGGGGAAAGAAUUCAUCAGUGGAGAUUCACUCACUGUGUUCUGCUUUUUCUCUUCUUUUUUUUUUGUGCUGAACUUUUAAGGGCGAGAUUCGACAGUGCAAAUUCGGGGUAAUGUGUUUGCAGAUUGUGCAGUUCUGAGCAGAUGGGUCAACAUGAGAGCGUGUGGCGCUUACAGUUGAGCAACGCUGUGUAAACGGGUUUCUGGAGCAACAGUAAAAAAAAAAAAAAGGCUGCUUUGUCUGAGUGACUUAUCUUGCCAUCCUGGUAAAAAAAAAUAAAAGAAAGAGAGAGAGAGAGAGAGAUCCACAAAGACGUUUGAGUGUGAUGCACACGGCGCUUUUCUUUUAAUGCAAUAUAAAAGACUACCUGGAGUGUGCACUAUCGAAACUGAGCCCUCGGUGUCCUUUUUUUUUUUUUUUUUUUUUUUUUUUUUAAAGUAUAAUUUAACAGCAUGUAAUGGGGAAAAAAAUAUUGUCAGUAUUGUUAUCUUUUCUGAAUUUGGUAAUUUGUGAUUUUUUUUUUGUCAUAAUUUCUUAAACGUUGUGCUCUGCAUCACAUGUGUUAUUUCGGUGGCAAUCUCUCUUACUCAUAACACAUCAUAAAGAAUUGCAUGUUGAUGAAGAGAAGACCACAGGUACUCUAUUUGUUUUCAGAGCAGCUGGAUACGCCCGCCCACCCUCUAAUCACCGAGACUCCUUUUGUCUUAAAGGGUAUCUGGCAUCUAGCUUCUUUAUUUUUCAAUCGUACUGUAAUCUUUCCGGUUGAGUUCACUCUGCUUUGUUCAUUUAGUAUUGUGGUCUUUUUAAUACAUAUACUUCUGACAUACGUCUUCAAUUAUUACUACGUUUUCACGAUGGUUAAAUAAAUUGUGUAAAUAGUACUUUCAGUAUGGAAGAUGACUAUUUUGUAAUGUUUAAAAAAAAAAAAAAGAAAAAGAUAUUGCCCUAGUUUUUAAUGCCCUGAAAUGUAAAUACUGAUUAUAUGCGUACAAGUGUACAUACGAAGGCAGAGGAUACUAUGCCCAUCUUUUUAUUUUAUUUUAUUUCUUUUUUUUUUUUCUUUGGUUGGUUUGUUCUUUGCAUGUGUCUCUAUGUGGUAAAUGAUAAUCUAUCCUGCGCUGUGUUGUGUAAUAAUGUCUGACUCUCCUCACUGCUGCCUGUUGCAUGCAGACGCAUGGGAACUACC